AUGAGAAUUUAUGCGUUGAGAACGGUUCUGUUUCAGUCAUGUGCAGUUGGUACAAAGGGUUUAUUACCCGUGAGAAGUUGUCAUUCAGUUGGAGUAGAAAACUCCAAACUUAUGAAAGGACCAGAUGGUUUAUCAGCACUCGAUAUUGUUAAGGAGUAUGGCAUACCAAUUCAAAGAGUUUCAUUGAGUCGUGGACUUGCACUGAAUCGCUUUGAAAAAGAUUUCGUCAUUUAUCCGGAAUAUUCUGAUACGGAUGCAGCUGAGAGCACGCUGCAAUUAGUGUCUGCACUCAAGAACGACAUCAAAGCAGCGGCAGGCCAGGAGGACUCUCUUAUGGCUCUUUGGGACAAACACAAAAUCUCUUCCUACACUGUUCCUAAGAAAUACGGUGGUGUCGAUAUGUGUUACAAAGAUCUUUUGACUGUUUGUGAGGGAUUAGGAUCGCACUGGAGUUCUUAUUUUCGUUUCGAACAAACUCAUUUAGCUGCAUCUCUUAUUUUGCUGUACGGUAAUGAUCUGCAGAAGUCACAUUAUCUGCCGCAAAUAGCAUCGGGAGUAAUUCGACCUGUAGUUGGUUUUUUCAGAUCUGAAAUGGAUUCAGAUGUGGAAUCAGUGAGAUCUUUAUGUGAAAUUACUAGUGAAAAACAAAAAUUGGUUGCAACAAAUCAUUUUAUCAGUGCAUCAGAUGCUAACUUGCUUCUCGUUUUUGCUAAGCAGGAUGGAAAUAAGAUAGUAUGCUACCUUGUUGAAAGAAAAAGUGGCGACAGUACGUUUGAAAUGAGGACGAAAACCUCUGUUUUUGGAAGAAAUGGGUUGGAAGUCAAUUUGGGGGAUUUCAAGCAGAUGAAUGUGGAGCCAGGUUCGAUGUUGGGAAAACCUGAAGAUGGAAAAAAAAUCUCACAGGAAACACUGGUAAAACGAAUUACAUUUGGUGCUGCCGUCGUAGGUUUCAUGAAAACUUUAAUAAAUGCUUUAUCAGAGUACUGCAACAGAACACUGCAGCAGAAUUUGCCAUUAGCAAAAAGGAAUACUAUCAAGCAUUUGGUAACGAAACUUGCAUUAAAUACUUAUGUGCUCGAAUCAAUGUGCUAUUAUGUUGGUGGUCUUCACGAUGAAGAACUUAUACUGUCGCUUGACGUUGAAGAAGCAGUAAUACAUAAAUAUGCUAGGCAUUUGCUUUCUGAAACGAUAUCGUCGACUAUAGAUAUUAUUCGAAUGGAUGCUGUUGCGUCUGGUAUGAACUUCGACGAACUGCUUAAUGAGAUAAUGGCAGCUCUUUUGCUUAGCAGUACUGAAUUGGAUCUUAAAAAAUUUGUGGCGUCUCAAGUUAUUGUAUCAUAUGCAAACACUAAUGCGGAUAAUAUAAAACAGUGGCGUUCCUUUGAUAAGCGCCUCUAUGAGCGGAUUUUUGGCCAUGUCGAAAAAGCAAUUUCAUUUCAUGACCCAAAGCUGCAACACUUUAUCGCUGAGCACGCACAUCCAUCAUUGAAAGAGGCAUGCACUAAUCUAGAACACACGAUGUGGAGGUUGGAUUCAUUGCUUAAUUUACUCCUUUCGAAUCACGGAAAAAGCAUCAUACAUGAUCACAGUUUACUUGAAGCUCUUUCAAAAGUGAUUGAAUAUAAUUUUGGUAUGGUUACAACUAUAGCACGAUCAAGCCGAUCGUACUCGAUUGGUCUACGAAACAGUGAUCUUGAGAUAUCUUGGGCACAGCUGUACUGUUCUGAAGCAGCCAACAUGUCAAUGGCUGAAUUGAGGAAGCUUUAUGAUUAUUUCCGAUUUGAACGAACGAACUCUUUGCAAUCCAAAAUUGGAGAAUCUGUUUUGGAUACUGAUGGAUACUGCAUUGAAAGUCCAAUUACUCGAAAUUGGUGA